AUGUCCCAAUACAGCCUUGCCUGUCAACCCUUCCUCCCAGAGACAAUGGGACGAGCCGCUUUGCAGUCGGCACACAAGACAUUUAUUAUCAAGCGCAAGCUUGCUAAAAAGCUGAAACAAAACAGGCCUAUCCCACAAUGGGUCAGAAUGCGCACAGGGAAUACAAUUAGAUACAACGCUAAGAGGCGUCACUGGAGGAGGACUAAGCUCAAGUUGUAA